AUGGCGUCCUCAAACCCACCAAACGGCGACACUAUCGAAAAGUCGACCAAAAUCGACUUUAAUGAGCCCCUCCAGUUGACCAGAACUAAAACUAUCCCCGUCGAAUCCUCUGCCUCAGCCGCGAGACAGCCUGCUCCUAUUAACGAAAAGUCAGAUGGAGCAGACAAGGGCAAGAAGGCUGGUGUCGCAGAAAAGACUCUAGACAUUCAUCUCUUCCCGAUUGAGGACAUUGCCGCCAGACACGGCACUCGCGUUGACUUGGCCAAGCCAGGCAGCAGUUUCGGCCUCUCCUCCGAAGUCGCCGCCGCGCGUCUGAUCGAAAAUGGUCCCAACAUCCUUGCGCCACCCAAGCAGAUCUCACCCUUUAUGAAGUUCAUUCAUUGCCUGACUUCAUUGUUCAACUUGUUGUUGAUCCUUGCCGGUAUUCUGAACUAUGUUCUUCUUGCUAUUGAUCCCAAGAACAACAGGGUCAACACCUACCUCGGAGCUAUUCUGAUCAUUGUCGCCUUUCUCAACGCGUUGAUCGAGUUCUACCAAGCUCAAAAGUCCGCCGCCGUGCUGCAGUCUUUCCUGAACCUAAUGCCUCAAAGGUGUAACGUCGUCCGCGAUGGUAAAGUCAUUGCCAUCCCUGCUGCAGAUUUGGUCCUCGGCGACAUUGUCUUCUCGCGCAUGGGUGACAAGGUGCCCGCAGAUGUGAUGAUCUUUGCCUGUACCGACAUGAAGGUCGACAACUCCUCCCUCACCGGCGAAGCAGACCCUCAGGAUCGUAACCCCAUCAACGAACACAAGAACCCGCUCGAGGCGAGCAACUUGGCCUUCAACGGAUCCCUUAUUAUCAACGGUGAGGGGUAUGGACUGGUCAUUCGGACUGGAGAUAGCACGGUGUUGGGUCAAAUUGCUGGGUUGACGGCGGGCGAGGAUUCAGGAAAGUCGCCCCUCUCGCGUGAGAUUGACGACUUUGUCAAAAUCAUUGCCACCAUCGCCAUCACCACAGCCAUUGUCUUUUUCCUUAUUGGAUACUUCGCCGUCUACCGGUCCAAGGGCUCCUCGGGUAUCUCGAGCACUCUCAACUUUGCCGUCGGAGUCUUUGUCGCCUGGGUCCCCGAAGGUCUCCCCGCCACCGUCACUAUGCUCUUGACCAUCGCUGCCAAACGCAUGGCCGCCCAGAACGUGUUGGUCAAGGACCUGACAGGAGUCGAAACUCUUGGUGCAAUCACCCUUCUGGCGACCGACAAGACUGGUACACUGACUCGCAACCAGAUGACUGUCACCAACAUCUGGUCCUCUGGGACCAUGUACUCGGCCUUCCGUAGUGCCGCCAAUGAUGGACACCCCUUUGACGCCAGCUCGCCCGGUAUCCCCGAGGUCCUCGCCAUCGCUGCCCUCUGCUCUCGCGCCAAGUUUGAUCGCACCGAUGUUCCUAUUCCGGAACGCCAGGUCCUGGGUGACGCGACCGAGUCUGGCCUGACCCGCUUCGCUUCCUCCAACAUUGGUAACUUUGACGACAUGAACGACCUGUACCCCAAGGUCUUUGAGGUCCCCUUCAACUCGGAGAACAAAUGGGCCAUGACCAUCCACGACAAGAGCCACGACCACGGACGGUUCACACUGUUGAUGAAGGGUGCCCCGGAGCGAAUCUUACGUCUCUGUAGUACUAUCCUGAUCAAUGGAUCUGCGAUUCCUCUCACGGCCGAGCAUGCAAAGUCCUAUGACGAGAUGUAUGCCCAGAUGGCGUCCAAGGGUCACCGUGUCCUUGCCUUUGCCCAGAUGCUCCUCCCCGACGACCAGUACCCUGACAGCCAUAUCUUUGACAAAGAAAAGAAGAACUACCCCACCAGCAACCUCUGCUUUGUCGGCCUUGUCUCGCUUGAGGAUCCUCCUAAGCAUGGAGUCCGUGAGGCUAUUGGACGGUGUCGGUCGGCCGGUAUCCGUGUCAUGAUGGUGACCGGUGAUCACCCCUUGACUGCCGAGGCGAUUGGACGCAAGAUCAACCUGGUUCUGUCAGAUACCAAGGAACUGGUCGCCAAGAACCGUGGAUGUUCGGUGGAGGAAGUUGGAGAUGACGAGUACGACGCAGUGGUGAUUCAUGGUGAGCAGAUUGAUUCGUUGACGGAGCGGGAUUGGGAUCUGAUCUUUUCCAAGCCCGAGAUUAUCUUUGCGCGUACUUCGCCCAAGCACAAGCUCCUGAUUGUCAAGCAUGCCCAGUCUCUCGGCCAUAUUGUUGGAGUGACAGGAGAUGGAGUCAACGAUUCACCUGCGCUCAAGAAGGCUGACCUGGGAAUUGCGAUGAAUAUCUCGGGUUCAGAUGUCUCUAAGGAGGCUGCGGCGAUGAUUUUGUUGGACGACAACUUUGCCUCGACGGUUCGUGGAAUUGAGGAGGGUCGUUUGAUUUUCACCAACCUCAAGAAGUCAAUCCAGUACACCAUUACCCACUCGAUGCCCGAGGUUAUCCCUAACCUGCUCUAUGUCAUUGCCUCGAUUCCGCUGCCCAUCUCUGCUAUGCUGAUCCUCGUCAUCGAUCUGGGUUUCGAGCUGUGCAUCUCUCUGACGUUCGCCUGGGACAAGCCCGAGUCCGAGGCUGGAUUGAUGAAACUUCCUCCUCGUAAACCCGUCACCCCAGCAUCGAUCGAGCGUCGUCGUCGCAUGGCUACCCGUGCCCUACCACCAACGAUCGACCCCGAAUCCGGAGAAGAAGUCAAGCCUUCAUUCAUGGCCCGGUUCGGACACGACUUCAAGGCCCUGUUCACACGACUCUACUGGCGCGAGAAGUUUGAGCACACCGAUGACGAGAUCCUAGUCGACGCCAACCUCCUCUCCUGGGCAUACCUCGAAGUUGGAAUCAUCCAGACCAUCGGCGCCCUAGUCGUCUUCUUUGUCGUCCUCUAUCAGGAAGGAGGCCUCACCCCCGCCCAAGCAGUCGAAUACCAAAAGCAGGACCUUUUCUCCUCAACCUCCGACCAGCAGAACCUAGAGCUCCUCGCAAAAGCCCAAUCCUCCUUCUACCUCAGCAUCAUGAUCAUGCAACUCUUCAACAUGUUUGCCUGCAAGACCAAAUACCGGCUCCCCUUUGGAAAGUACAUGUUCUCCAACCCUCGGUCCUUCAUCGGAGGUGCUUUCGGCGCUGGCCUGGGUUUCUUUAUAGUCUAUUGUCCAGGUCUGCCGGUCGUCUUUGGAACGUCGAACGAUACCCCGUUCGUGUACCUGCUGAUUGCUGUUGCGUUUGGAGUGUUUAUUCUGUUCUAUGUCAGUGUGAGACAGUUGGUGUUGAGAAAGUUGAGGCCGACGACGUUGAAUGAUGAGAUUAUUGGGUUGAAUAUGGUCCCGACCAUCAAGACCAUCUUCUCUCGCACAAAGUCCAUUCAGCGCACCACGUAG